AAAAUUAGCAAAACGUUAAGCUAUUUACAGCAUUCUGAGGUGACAUUGGUUCCUAACUUCGAAUAUUGCGUUUGCGUAAUCAUUCUUAAAUAAUUUGUCUCGGCUAGUGUAUUUGUGUGUGCGUGUGUGCGGCAUACAUUUAUUCGCAGCUAAACUCAAGGAAAAUAUAACCGUUCAAAGAGCUUUGGCAAAAUUGAGAACAACAACAUCAUCAUCACCAUCAUCAACACAACGUAGAAGGAAGCCGACAAGGAUAAUAUUUGAAAUUCCUUCCAAUGCAUAAAAACGAGAAAAUACAAAAACAAAGCCGUUUAACUGUCGCUCACCACAUCCUUGCUUCAAUCUAAUGAAUAUUUAACUACAAAAUAUCUAAAUUUAUGGAUGAAGACAAAUUCAUGCUAAUAGCAAGUAUCCUUAGAAACAUUCAAAAAAUCCCAGGACCAGAAAUUCUAUGAUGUUCACAAACCAAUACAGCAUGAAUAGACUCUCAAACAGCAGUUAUUCCCUUAUAAGUGCUACUGCCUCAUCUUUGCAGGCCACCAUGCAAAGCCUGACAAAUACCGGCGACAAUAUUGGCGGUGCUGCGGAGGCCACCGAUGGCGAUGAAGAAGUGACUGAUGUAGCUCCACCUGAUCCCAUAGAAAAACUCAGGGCCGAGUGCUGGGAACGUCUUAAUCAAAGUACAACACAUAAUGAGCCAGGCACUUAUUGUCCUGGCACUUUUGAUGGUUGGCUUUGUUGGCCUGAUACUCCUGCGGGUAAAUCUGCAUAUGAACGCUGCCCGGAUUUUAUAACAGGAUUUGAUCCAUUAAGAUAUGCCCACAAGGAGUGCGAACUGAAUGGUGAAUGGUUUAAACAUCCGUUAACCAAUAAAUCAUGGUCGAACUAUACCACCUGCGUUAAUAUGGACGAUUUAGAGUGGAGGAGCAGUGUGAAUUUGAUCUAUGAGGUGGGCUAUGGCAUAUCAUUAUUGGCCAUUUUACUUUCAUUGGCCAUAUUGUGCUAUUUCAAGUCUUUGAAAUGUGCCCGAAUAACUUUACACAUGAACCUAUUCACAUCGUUCGCUGCAAAUAAUUCCCUAUGGUUGGUGUGGUACUUGGUUGUGUUGCCCGACGGAGAACUUUUGAAAAGAAGUCCGCCUCCCUGUGUGGGUCUACACAUUGUGCUGCAUUACUUUCUCAUAUCCAACUAUUCAUGGAUGCUGUGCGAGGGCUUUUAUCUGCAUACCGUGCUGGUGUCAGCUUUCAUUUCCGAAAAGAAGCUGGUCAAAUGGUUAAUAGCAUUUGGUUGGGGUUCGCCUGCCGUUGUCAUUUUUGUUUAUGGACUCGCGCGAGGUCUUGCCGGAACUGUGGAUGAUAAUACGCAUUGCUGGAUGAAUAUGACGGAUUUUGAUAAUAUCCUUGUGGUACCUGUUUGCAUUUCCAUGUUCCUUAAUUUACUCUUCCUAUGCAAUAUUGUGCGAGUAGUGCUGCUAAAACUAAAGGCACCGGCAAGUCUACAAAAUAGUUGUGGUCCCUCACGUACGGUCAUUCAAGCAUUCCGUGCAACUUUAUUACUGGUUCCUCUGCUGGGCUUGCAAUACAUUGUGACUCCAUUUCAUCCGGCUCCUGGCCAUCCAUUGGAAUACACCUACGAGGUCAUAUCGGCUUUUACGGCAUCUUUUCAGGGUCUUUGUGUGGCCACAUUCUUUUGUUUCUUCAAUGGUGAGGUUAUUGCCCAAGUCAAGCGCCGUUGGCGUACAGCGUUCCUUAGUAAUAGACCUCGGGCCAAUUCCUAUACAGCCACUCAGGUCUCGUUCGUACGCUGCGGACCCCCAAUGCCUGGCGAAGAGAAGGUAUGACUAAAAGAUAUGUCGUCAUUGGCGGGCAAGAGACGGGCAUCGAGUGCUGUAACGUCCUCCAUGAGUAGCGAAGGACAACAUCGACAACGUCAAAGAUCGCACAGUAGCAGUGCCAGCCAACCGCAUUUGCAAAGUUCCAAUUCCAUUGCACAUAAUCAACAUCAACAGAGGGUUUAUCAGAGAAAUGCCAUCGCCUCCGGUGGAAGAGGUGCUGGUGGGGGCAUUCUGCAGGGUUUGAGAAAAGCAAACAUCUUUCGUCGCAAAGCCUCGGAUAACUCGCGAAUACGACAACCACUGAUGGAGGAUACACAAACUGCAACGCUGAGUCCGCAACACCGUCAGCAUCAUCACGCAUCGACAAACUCAAAUGCAGAUGCAAAUGUAAAUGCCUUGGAUGGCUUAAUGCAAAUGACAACGGAUAUCACUGGCCCCAUCGAAGAAGAACCGGACGAUGGAGUUGGCAUUGGCAUUUCAUACGCCCCGAAUAUGAACAACAAAGAAAAGUAUAACGAUGGCCCAACAUCAUCGGAUGCUGGGGAAAUUACAGUAACAGAUCCCAGCAAAAUUCCAAUGACGACUAAGCAACAUGAAUGGCUAGGUUCAAAUACAACGACUGCAUUAGUUUCCAUUUCAUCUGCGACAGGCGGUGCCCCAUUGGCACCUUCAACAACACCUCAGUUGACCUCAGCCAUGCCACAACAAACAUCCUCAGCAACGCCAGCUACAGCACCAGCAUACAUGGCUGGAGCACCUGUUGCCAAUGAAACGCUUAGAAAUAGUAGUGACACCAUCAUUAGCUCAGCAAUACCAUCCCAUUCAACAACCAGUCAUCCAGCCCCAAUAAAGGCAGAAAUUACACCAAACCCUGCAUCAUCGAAAAUUGCUGCAACCAGUGGCAACAAAAUUGGGGGAGACAUGGCCAGCACAGCUGGCAAUGCGGCUCAUGUGGUUCUAUUUACCACAGCGAACAACAAUUUGAGUUUUGUUGACCCCAAGCUAAAUGAUGACCCCUUUUAAAUAGCCUAGUUAAAGUUCACUCAUUUCCUAAAUAAAAAAAAAAUUACAAUUUACAAUUCAAUAGAUUUUGCAAAAAAAAAAACAAAAAUAUUUGCAUACUAAGGGAGAAUUUGUUCAUUGAAAGUUUCAAUGAGAUGCUUACAAAGUCUAUAACUGCAAAAUGGUGUGAAAUAUUGCCUCUAGUUAGCCGCUCGUUUAUAGGCAGCUAAAGUUCAAAGAUGGUAUAUAUCCAGCAUUUUUGUAAAUUUUUUUUUUUUAAAUCUGCAUUUUUCUCUUUUUAUACCCUCCACCAUAGGAUGAGGGUAAAUUAAUUUCGUCAUUCUGUUUGCAACACCUCGAAAGUGUCUAAGACCCCAUAUGACCGUUUUGUCAUUAUACCCUACACACUGUGGUACAGGGUAUUAUAACUUAGUGAAUUAGUUUGUAACACCCAGAAGCAAGAGAGAUAGACCCAUUCAUAAGUAUGCCGAUCGACUCAGAACCACUAUCUGAUUCGAUUUAGCUAUGUUCGUCGGUCUGUCUGUCUGCCCAUGUUACUUUGUAUACAAAGUACAGGUCGCGGUUUUCAUCCGAUCGUCUUCAAAUUUGGUAUGGGCAUGUUUUUCGGGGGCUUUGUAGUCAACAAAGAGAUGGUAGGUGUUGAUUUGUCCUUCUAGGAUCUUUUCCAGGAUUUGACGCAGUACGAAUAUCUGGUCCAGGGUAGAUUUACCAGGUCUAAAGCCGUACUGGUAGGUCCCAAUUACCUCAUUGACUUUAGGUUUUAAUCUUUCACACAGUGCUCUCGAGAGUAUCUUGUUUGCGAUGGAGGAGGAGACUUAUUCCUCCGUAGUUGGCACAUUCUGUCUUGUCUCCUUUCUUGUGCUGAGAUUCCAAUCAUCGGGUAUGCGUUCUUCUAGCCAGAAUGCGCAGAUAAGCUGAUGCAUACACCUUAUCAGCGUGUCGCCUCCGGUCUUAAAUAGUUCAGCGGGUAAUCCGUCGACACCUGCUGCUUUGUUGUUCUUUAGUCGGGUCACUGCUACCUGGACCUCAUUCUGACUAGGAGGUAAACAUUCUAUACCAUCAUCAUUGAAAUGUUUUUCGGUAUUCUCUUCGCCGCCAACGUCGGACACUAACAGUGGAGUAAAAUGUACCUGCACCAAAGCCAUCGGUUUGAUGUUUAAUUCUUUGGUGGAAUUUCCGGACUUCAUUUAGACUCCUGUACGUCUCAAUUCGCUCACACUCACGUCUUUCCAUUUCUGUUUUCUUUCUGCGGAAUAGACGUUUCUCCUCUCUCCCGAUACCUCUCCUUCAUCUGGCACAUUGCUACUGAUUGCAGGGUUGCUCUAUAUGCUGCAUUCUUGGCUGCAGUAGCAUCUCGACACUCUUGGUCGUACCAUGGGUUUCUAGGAGGAGGCUUCCGGUACCCAAGUACGGAUUUCGCGGCAUUUUCCAUGGAGUGGGCAAUAGUUUGCCACUGCGCCAUUAUAUCAUCGGAACAAGGAGUGCUUUCUUCAAGCAGUUGGGUCAGUCGAGUGGAGUAUGCAUCUGCCAUUUGUUGUGUUUGCAGCUUUUCAAUGUCCUGCUUCCGUGCAGUGUCAGAUCGUACUUUCCUCGCCAUGUUCAAAUGGGUGCGAACCUAUGCUGCAACCGGGUAAUGAUCCGAAUCUAUAUUCGCUCCAAGGAUCGAUCGUACAUCUAACACGCUGGAUGAAUGCCUUCCAUCUAUCACAACGUGAUCAAUUUGUGGCUUGUGAAUAUUUUUAUGUUGAAAUCUGGUGCUACUAACUACCAUGUUUUUUGCAGCGGCGAAAUCAAUCAGCCUCAACCCAUUACUAGACGUUAUCUCGUGGAGGCUAAACUUUCCGACUGUUAGACCAAAAAUGUCUUCCUUCUCUAUUUUCGCAUUAAAAUCCCCCAGAACGAUUUUAAUAUCAUGGGCGGGGCAGCGGUCAUAUUCUCUCUCUAGGCGCUCGUAGAAAAUAUCCUUGGUCUGCUCGUCUUUGUCUUCCGUCGAGGCAUGGGCACAAAUAAGGCUGAUGUUGAAGAAUUUGGCUUUUAUGCGGAUUACGGCUAGCUUCUCAUCAACCGGAGUAAAGCUUGAGACAAAAUGUUUCAAUCUCCGACUAACCACAAAUUCACAGCCAAAUUCAUGCCUCAUCUUAUGGCAGCUAUAGUAUAGUUCGUCACCUUUUGGUGUUAUAGGGACGCCAUUGCCAGUCCAUCGCACUUCCUGUAAGGCGGUAAUAUCUGCCUUGUACUUCUCUAAUACAUCCGCCAGCGCGUAUACUGCACCUUCUCUAUAAAGAGUGCGAACAUUCCAGGUGCAGAUGCGCAAAUCAUGGUCCUUUUUUCGUUUGCGUGGGUCGUCAACGUUGGGGGGUCCGUUUUUACUAUUCCUUUGUUUCUCAUAACAGUUCUCGUAGUUUUCCGGGGGCGGGUUACUGGCCCAGCGCCCCAACCGCAUGGGUUUUGUGGGAUUACACAUGUAUCCCUCGUUGUUGCGAGCCGUUUGCUGCAAGAUCCGACGCUCGCCGCCAGCUGCCCCUAACGUGGGAACAGACGCUGAUGUUGGCCAUUAACAGAUAUCAUUGUUUUCAAUAUAAAAACAGAAAAACGAUAAGUAUACCCGUGCGCAAGUUUAUUCGUUGCUGUCUCAACAACGACUGAAACAAUGAGCGUAAUAAUAUGUGUGACUUGCCAUCAACGCUACCGUAUAGGGCUGGGCAUCGCUGGAUUUAAAGCUUGUGAACAAAUUCUCCCUUAAUAUAUAGACUUCACAUACAUCCUAUACAUAACAUACCCCUCUGGAAAUUGAAAGCUUUUACAAUAGAUUUUAUGUUCUAACGUAAGUAUUAAUUGUGAAAUGGAAAUUUGUAAUAUAAAGUUGUCUUCUUUAAUGGUUCAAAACCUUUGACUAUGUUUUUUUGACAAGAUGGGUUUUAUUUGCACGAAAAGGAAGUCCUUUUCCUAAUAACCACAAUAUGAGCAUUCAAUUAAACAAUAAUUUUGUUUCAAUUUAAAUUUUCGAAUAACAAUUAUGGAGUAAUGUUAAAAUAAAGAACUAAGGUCCAGCCCCACUACGCUAAAAAAGAAUGGUAGUCAUUCAUUCUCGAGUGAGAAUGGGUUUCACUAUCUAUUCAUAAUUGUUUUCAUAGCCUUACGUUUCGUUAGUGAGAGAAAAUAUUGCCGGAUUUACAGCUAAAAAAAUACAUUUGGCAAAAAAAAUCGGUAAAAAUCGGAUGCGCAUAUUAAUCCGCUCCACGCAACUAUGGACAUAAAACAGGUAAAAAAGAGAAAAGUAGUCUUCACUAAAAAAUUAAUAAAUAAAUGCAAGCCUAAAACACUCGCUGUUGUUAAGAAAAAUAAAAUAUUUCAGUGGAGUUGCAUUAAAAAGAAAAUACGACAUUCCUCGAAGGUAAUUGCGACACAUCGAAAAUGCUCUCGAAAUGCCCUAAAACCAGUAGGUACAAAAUAAAAAACAAAUGUUCCAUAAACUUUCCACAAGGUUAGGUUAGACUCACUUAGAAGUUUUUCUUCAUUGUGACACCACAGGAACAGAAGAAGGAUUAUGCCUUCUAGUUCCUACCGUUGAACCAUCCAGAUCACUUUAAAAAUGUCAACAAGUUGCGAAUGUUCAAACCCGUUCUUUUGGGCCUGGUCCUGAAGACUUAGCUUAAAUGUAGAUAGAGGCAUAGCCACAUAUUCCAGUUUUCCCGGAAUGUGUAAGAUAGUUCUUAGUCACGCAAGCUCGUCCGCUUUACAAUCCCCUGGGUUGUAUCUGUGGCCCGGCACCCGGAACAGGGGAAUUUUGAACUGUUCAGUUAUCUCCUUAAGAGAUCUGAAACAGUCGAUGGCGGUCUUUGUGUUCAGAAAUACAUUCUCCAGGCAUUUCAUGGCUGCCUGGAUGUCUUAGAAGAUAUUAAUGCCGAUCGUCGUAAUGACAUUAUAUCUUAGCCAUUCCACCACUUACUUAAUUGCAAGGAUCUCCGCUUGAUACACACUGCAGCGGUUGGUUAACCUUUUCGAUAUGAUGAGUUCUAGAUCUUUAGAGUACACCCCAAAGCCUACCUGUUCGUCUAGUUUGGAACCAUCCGUAUAGAAGUCUAUGUAACUUCUGUUACCAGGGAUAUCGUAGUUCGAAUAGGUUCUAUCAGGAAUAGUGGUACAGUAAUUUUUAUCAAAAAGCGGAUCAGGUAGGGUGUAAUCCACACUGCCUGGAACAUCGGAUAUUGUAUCAAGGAUAACACAGUGCCCGUAGCCGCCACAAUGUUCAGAGGCAUAGGAUGUAGCAUUAAAUUCUGUGAUGCUCAAAGAAGCCAUCCUUUGAAUCCGGUUAAGUUUUCAGCAGUAGGUGUAUUUUUGUAGCGCCGUCCACCAGACCACAACACCAUAUAACAUUAUAGGUCUGACAACUGCAGUGCAUAACCAAUGCAUGACACGCGAUCUAAACCCUGAACUUUUAGCAACGGCUCUCUGGCAGGUAUAUAGGGCAAGAGUUGCUUUUCUUACCCUUUCCAAAAUGUUGAAUUUUAAGUUAAAUUUCCUGUCCAGCAAAACAACCUGGUAUUUUGCGCAUUGUGUUAAUGGCAACUGUAGGCAACUUGUGUCUCCUGCUGAAAAUAACUACUUCUGUCUUGCACGGAUUUAUACCUUGACCACUUUUGGUAGCCCUCUUUCCUGUUGCAUGUAGAGCUUCCAUGUGAGCACCACACAAGCUGGUACAUUGAGGUCCGAUCUGUGUGGUGUCCAAUGUUUAAUUGCAAGGAUCUCCGCUUGAUACACACUGCAGUGGUUGGAUAUUGUAUCAAGGAUAACACAGUGUCCGUAGCCGCCACAUGACCAAUGAGAAAGCUCCCUUAACCUCACGGCAGUGGUCGCUGCAAUCUGUUUAGCCACAAUGUUCAGAGGCAUAGGAUGUAGCAUUAAAUUCUGCGAUGCACAAAGAAGCCAUCCUUUGGAUCCGAUUAAGUAUUGAGCAGGAGGUGGAGUUUUGAAGCGCCGUCCACCAGACCACAACACCAUAGAGCAUUAUAGACCUGACAACUGCAGUAUAUAUCCAAUGUACCCAAUGCAUGGCACGUGGUCGAAUUCCCCAACUUUUACUAAUGGCUCUCUUGUAGGUGUAUAGGGAAAGAGUUGCCUUUCUUGCCCUUUCCAAAAUUUGAAGUUCAAUUUCCUGUCCAGAAAAAUACCGAAGUAUUUUGCGCUUUUUGUAAAUGGAACAUUCUCUCCAUCCAUGGAGUCAGGUUCCACUGUAGGCAACUUGUAUCUCCUGCUGAAAAGAACUACCUCUGUCUUGCACGGAUUUAUACCCAAGCCACUUUCGGUAACCCACUUUACUGUUGCACGUAGAGCAUCCAUGUGAGCACCACAUAAGCUGGUACAUUGAGGUCUGAUCUGUGUGGUGUUCAAUGCUGUCACGAGAGGCUUAGCUGCUAGCUACCGGGUGCGUCCACAGUUUGCGGAUAGUAGAAUGCUUCAUGCGGAGUAGCAGUAACUGCAGUGGCGGACAAUUAGCAGAAUUGAGCGGAGAGUCUCAGUGAGAGGUCGGGUGGCACUGGCUCUUGCACAAAUACUGAGCGCCUACAAUGCUCGAUAUGACAAGGCGAGUUAUUGGCGUCUUUAAAUAACCAAUGGCCACCCUGUUCCAGGGGCGAUCGGUCCUUUGGACCGGAACGAGCUUGCUCACCCACAGGAGCCUGACGAGGAUAGCCACCUCCACAUGAAAAUGUGGUUACAACAACAACAACAACAACAACGUAGAGCUUCCUGAAGUAUAUCUCUUAGAGUGCUUUCCCCUAGCCACAAUUGCUACGUCAUCAUCAAUUGCUACGUCUUCGCGACCACUUCUAGGAGAUAGUACACCUCCUUGAGGUGUACUGCUGUAAAGCAGUGGGGGCGAAGAGGAGAGAAAAAAAUUGCUAUAGCGGGAAAAAGGUGCCCGCUCCACAUCCCGGGUUAUACAAUAAUACCCUGUACCACAGUGGUGGUGUAGAGUAUAAAAAAAAUUUUGUUAGUCGAAUUUCUUGGACACAAAAAAAGAUAUCCCGCAUAGGAAAACAUGUUUCCUGUAGUGUUUUUUGAGUACUUUCCACAAACAACAAUUGGAUUUCUUCUAUGUCUUUUAAACAAUUUUAUAUUACUUCCAAAUAUGUUUUAUAAUACCCAGGAUCGGUACACUGUACAUGCCCGCUAGAGUGGUAGGAUGGAUCCUUGGUGGUUGGCCAUAUGCCCUUGAUUCAGCUGAGCCUUAUCAGUGUCAUAAUCUACUCCCAAUCGAUCAACAUGUCUGUUGGAUAAUCCCAUAUGGGCAUGAUCGGGAAUUUUUUUGGUUGGUGGUUUCCCAAGCGCUUGAUCCAAACAUUAAAUGGCAGACUCUCAUUCUGCUCUCAAAUACCUUUUAAUUUAGUCCCAUUUUUAUACCCACCACCGAAGGAUGGGGCUAUAUUCAUUUUGUCAUUCCCUUUGCAACACAUCAAAAUAUCAAUUUCCGACCCUAUAAAGUAUAUAUAUUCUUGAUCAGCGUAAAAGUCUAAGACCAUCUAGACAUGUCCGUCCGUCUGUCUGUUGAAAUCACGCUACAGUCUUUAAAAAUAGAGAUAUUGAGCUAAAACUUUGCACAGAUUUUUUUUUGUCCAUAAGCAGGUUAAGUUCGAAGAUGGACUAUAUCUUAAUAUAGCCCCUAUAUAGACCGAUCGGCCGAUUUAGGGUAUUAGGCCCAUAAAAGCCACAUUUAUAAUCCGAUUUUGCUGAAAUUCGGGACGGAGGGUUCGACAUCAUUCAUCAAUUUGGCCCAGAUCUGUUCAGAUUUGGAUAUAGCUGCCAUAUAGACCGAUCCUACGAUUUAGGGUCUUAGGCCCAUAAAAGCCACAUUUAUUAUCCGAUUUUGCUGAAAUUUGGGACAGUGAGUUGUGUUAGGCCCUUUGACAUCCUUCUUUAAUUUGGCCCAUAUCGGUCCAGAAUUGGAUAUAGCUGCCAUAUGGACCGAUCUUUUGGUUUUAGCUUUUGGGGCCAUAAAAGGCGCAUUAUUUGUCCGACAUCGCUUAAAUUUGAGACAGUGAGUUGCGUUAGGUCCUUCGACAUCCUUCGUCAAUUUGGCAUAGAUCGAUCCAGAUAUGGAUACAGCUGCCAUAUAGACCGAUCCUCCGAUUAAGGGUCUUAGGCCCAUAAAAGCCACAUUUAUUACCCGAUUUUGCUAAAAUUUGGGACAGUGAGUUGUGCUAGGACCUUUGACAUCCUUCGUCAAUUUGACCCAGAUCGGUCGAGAUUUGGAUAUAGCUCCCAUAUAGACCGAUCCGCGAUUUAGGGUCUUAGGCCCAUAACAGCCAUAUUUAUUGUCCGAUUUCGCCGAAAUUUCGGACAGUGCGUUGUGUCAGGCUCUGCGGCAUUUUUCUGCAUCUUGGCCCAAAUCGGUCCAGAUUUGGAUAUAGCUGCCAUGUAUCUCAAUACCUCGAUUUAAAGUCUUGACCCAAUAAAAGGCGCAUUUAUAAUCCGCUUUCACUGAAAUUUGACACUGCGACUUAUAUUAGGCUUUUCGGCAUCCAUGUCGUAUAUAGUUCAGAUCAGUUUAUUUUUAGAUAUAGCUACUAAAAAGAUUAAUAUUUUGUUAUACACAAUUGAUCAAUGACCUGUACUUAUUAGUAUUUGGUCCAAAUCGGAAGAUAUUUCGAUAUAACUGCUAUGGGACAUAAGUUAUGCAAUUUUCACCGGAUUUUGAUAAGAGGUGGUUUACAUAUAUACCCGAGGUGGUCGGUAUCCAAGGUUCGACCUGGCCGAACUUAACCCCUUUUUACUUGUUUCACAAUAAAUGGUCUUUUUGAAAAUAGAGUUAGGUUCUGUGUUUUUCCCCUUAUAUAACACUAUAGUGUUCCAUCUCUUGAAAAGUUGAAGUGGUCUCUCCAAAACGAAUUCAAAGUUCUAAAUUACGCCCGUUAUUUACAGAUAAUGGUUGUCGUCGUUUUGAUCACUGGGUUAAAUUUGGAUUUAGUUUCGGUAAUGUUAUAAAAACUUGUAAAGGAAAAAAUCAAUCAUUGCAAAGGGUACCCUAAUUGUCUCCCAUAGAUGUGUAAUAGAUACUUUAAGUAGCUCAUCUCUUCACUUUAGAAAAAGUUAAAUAAUUUUUCUAUCUUUUAUCUAUCUUUUUUCUAUCUAUCCAUAAAUUCAUGCAUAUAUUGCAAGGGUUUUUUUUGUCUCAGUACACAUAACACAUUUUUCUGACUACAUUGAAUUUAUUCUGACUACAUUGAAGUAAUUGCGGAUUUUUCAUAUAGUCGGCGUUGACAAUUUUUUUCACAGCUUGUGACUCUGUAAUUGCAUUCUUUCUUCUGUCAGUUAUCAGCUGCUACUUUUAGCUUGCUUUAGAAAAAAAGUAUAUUUGAUUAAAGUUCAUUCUAAGCUUUAUUAAAAAUGCAUUUACUUUCUUUUAAAAAAUCCGCAAUUACUUUUUGGGCAACCCAAUAUUGUAACAUUACUCCAUUUAUUUAUUCAUCAUGCACUCGAAUUUUCUUCAAUGCUCAUUAAAAUUGUACCAAGAAAAUCCUCAACCUUAGUUCUUGGCUGAGUUUGGUAUUCAAGUGUUAUACCAAUAUAUUCCCUUUUUGCAAAUAUAUAACCCAUAAUGUGUGUUGCGAGUUAUAGUAAAAUUGUCAUGCUUUAGCCAUUCGCUUCACCAGGCAACAAUAAAAUCCCGAAAAAUAUACAGGCUUACCUUAGAAAAUAAGUAAUUCAUGUGAAAUUAUUCAUAAGAACAAAACAAAAAUCAUAACAUACAAAUUUAUGUUCUCGUAUGUUAUAUACCAUCGAAGAUAUGUAUGUGCGUACAAAUAAAUGUGUAUUUCUCUGUGUAUAUAGAUUCGUAUAUUUUAAGGAAAGUACAUAAAUGUAUUAAA